AUGGCAGCAACUAUUCUUACUGAAAAGAUCACUCUCAACGGUACAGACGUCCCCACUAAACAGAAUUCUGAUGGAGAAGUUGUGGCAAAGGAAGAUAGUGAAUGGACAGAUGAAGAAAAGAAGAAGGUUGAACUCAAUGCCAAAGCAAUCAACCUGAUGCAUUACGCGAUCAGUUUCGAAGAGUUCAGAAAGGUGUCAAGGUGCAAAACGGCUAAAGAAAUAUGGGACAAGCUCAGACUCACUCAUGAAGGCACUAAGCAAAUGAGGGAAACCAGAAUUGGCAUGCUGAUGAAGGAAUAUGAAAUAUUCAGUAUGAAGGAGGAAGAGAGUAUCGAUCAAAUAUUCGAAAGGUUCAGAAUAAUCAUCAACAAUCUAGACACAAUGGGAAGGAACUACUCUGAAGAAACUCUAGUGAGAAAGAUCCUGAGAAGUCUUACUAAGAAAUGCAAAGUAAAAAGCACAGCCAUCUCUGAAAGGAAUGAUUUGAUCAAAAUCACCUAUGAUGAGCUGAGAGGUAAGCUGCUGGCCUAUGAAACCACUCACAUGUCUUAA